CGGCACCGGGGCAUAAUGUAACAUGACCUCUCUUAAACUUGAGUCACUAUGAUUAAGCCACUCUUCUAAAGAUCACCUUUAAUGGACAUUGCGGGGGUGUUGUAGGUGUCCCAAUUAGCAAAAUGCGUCCUCCGUUCGCUCGGUCGCCCAUAGUUAGCAUUGCCAAUGGCACAUUCUACCGCCACCAUCCCAAUGUGCCGUCUACACAUCCUAACCCGGCACUAUUCUCCAAUUUGAACUUCGCACUCCCUUCAGCGCCCGAUCCUCCAAAUCAUUGGUACGUUGUAGGGCCGUCACUGAGUGGGAAGACAACCUUCUUGCAGCUUUUGAGGGGCCAGCACCUGUGCUUCCCGCCGACAGCACGGAGCUUUCCAUACCUGUCAACAGAAGCGGUGCCUCACAAAUUACGAAUUCCGACCAAGGCAAUCCAGUAUGUCGGUUUCAGCAAUGAAGGCCUGACCAGCGGGUCCACUGCGGCAGCAUACCUGGCUGCGCGGUACGAAUCAAAGCGCGAGAACACAGAUUUUUCUCUUCGUGACUUCCUGCUCGGCAACACUCAGCUGAAUGCGCUGAAGCAGGAUGACGAAGUGGUAGAUCCUCUUCUCCUCGACCGCGUAAUCAAUGAUCUUAAACUCGAUCAGCUGCUCGAACUGCCAGUGUCCUUCCUCAGCAAUGGUCAGGGACGAAGGGCCAGAAUUGCAAGAGCCUUGCUCACUGCCCCAGAAGUACUGCUUCUAGAUGAGCCGUUCAUGGGCCUUGAUCCACCUACCGUUUCUGGACUGAGCCCACUGCUACAUGGUAUGGCAAGUAAAGCCAGCCCUCGCCUUGUUUUAAGCGCCAGACCACAGGAUCCAAUACCAGACUGGAUUACCCAUCUUGUGUACCUCAGGAGUGACUGUCAAGUCGGAGCUAUGGGCGAGAAAGAGGAAGUACUUGAUAAGCUACGGCGAUACGUGCAAGGCGUCUGGAACGGCACUUCAAAAGAAGACCACAAGCUCGCAGUGCAUAGUCUGACUGAAAUGGGAAGGAAGCUGACCAAAAAUGGCAUUGAAGGCAGGACCUUGAUGGGUGAAGAAAUCGUUGAUGACGACCGAACUCCAGGUCAUGACACAGAUGCAUCUAGAUUGCAGGGCGAGCCUUUGAUAGAGAUGGACGGCUGUCAGGUCCAAUAUAGUGGCAAGGUGGUCCUCGGCAAUUGGAAACAGGAAGUUGGCGGCCAAGAAAAAACUGGCCUCCUAUGGACUGUCAGGAGAGGCGAACGCUGGGGUAUAUUUGGACCGAAUGGUUCUGGCAAGACCACAAUCUUAUCACUCAUCUGCUCCGAUCAUCCUCAAACAUACUCAUUACCCAUCAAGCUUUUUGGCAGAAGUCGAUUACCUGAACCAGGCUCAGGUGCUCUGCCUCUGACUAUAUGGGAUGUGCAGUCUCGUAUUGGGCACUGUAGUCCCGAAAUACAUCAGCUAAUGCCUCGUAGUCUGACUGUUCGUCAGGUAUUGGAAAAUGCCUGGGCAGAUACAUUCCGCACAAAGGCAAAGCUUACUCCAGAGGACAAGGAAAAGGUAGAAGCUGUGCUCAGAUGGUUCGCACCAGAGCUGAACCCAGCUCGUUCAAGUUCCUCCGAAAAAGACAACUUGACAUGGGCGGACCACUACAUGUUUGGCGAGCUUUCUUUUUCAGCACAGCGCGUGUCUCUUUUCCUCCGCGCUAUCAUCAAGAGCCCUGCUAUCGUAGUUCUAGACGAAGCGUGCAGUGGCAUGGAUGAUGGUGUAAGGAAUCGCUGUCUCCUGUUUUUAGAACAUGGCGAAAACAAGACCUACGUCUCCCAGGAUGAUGGAUCGGAGGUUGUGGUUGAGAGCGAAGCUUCAAAGAAUGGUACUGUCAAGAUAGGGGGUUUGACGGAUGAUCAAGCUCUUAUUUCCAUUAGCCAUGUGAGAGAGGAAAUACCAUAUUGCAUCCGAGAGUGGCUCUGCUUGCCCGAGGCCAACUCGGGAGAAAAGGCGAGGUUCGGCAGGUCAAGAGGUCCUUUGGGCAGAGAUGAACGGAGCUGGCGGGAAAUCUGGGGUAUGGCCUGAUGCAUUGGAACCCAGUCCAGUGCCUCCUGGCUCUCCCAAAUCAUUAUAACACGUUCAAAUUUAAGCUUUUUUUGAGAGACGGCCUCUGAAUGGGAUAAAACGACUUUCUGUGGUCUGGUCUAACAAUCGGUAUUGAGAUAUAACAUAAUCUUAUUGCCUUAUAAACUGGCUUGGCAUAUCUAGAAC